AUGUUACCUUUAAGGCAUACGAGCGCUGCAUUAGCUUCUCGAGAGAAAACAGUUUUGGAUCCAACAGUCUUCAUGACACCACCACGACGAGCCCUCGAUGUUCUUUAUCGAGAUUAUAAAUAUCCGGAUUUCCGUGGAGGUUCAUUAGCUCAACGACCUCUUUUUGUCAUUGAUGGCCGUCUUUAUCCAUCUCCUUCCCGAGCAUCUUAA